AUGGUUCUGAGGCUGGAACAUACAAAAGAAAAACCCAACACAAGCCUUAUGUUGUCUGGGAACAUUAACAGUCUACCGAGAACAGGAAGGAGGACCUCCGGAAUCAGGCCUCCAAAAACACCAAGAGGUCUAUUGAGAACAGGAAGGAGGACCUCCGGAAUCAGGCCUCCAAAAACCCCCAAGAGAUCUACUGAGAACAGGAAGGAGGACCUCCGGAAUCAGGCCUCCAAAAACACCAAGAGGUCUAUUGAGAACAGGAAGGAGGACCUCCGGAAUCAGGCCUCCAAAAACCCCCAAGAGAUCUACUGAGAACAGGAAGGAGGACCUCCGGAAUCAGGCCUCCAAAAACCCCCAAGAGGU